AGUAGUGUUCGGUUCGCUCAUUUAAUCUCUUUAUUGGGGAAAAAGGGAGGCGACAGCCAAUCGCAGACACACUACUUCUGCGCCUAAUGCCUAUACACUUCAAAACCAUAAACUCUUCAUUUUUUUCAAUUUAAAACUCUUCAUUUUUUUUAAUUCCACCAGAUCAUGCCUCAGCACCAUUCUUAUUAGUUCUUCAAAAAGUUUUUCUCCAUUUGAUAAUCUUCAAUGGCUGAGUCUAAUUCUGAAAAUUACCCUUCACUCCCCUCCAAUUACGUCUCCAUAGCCCAACUCCAAGAACGAUGGCUCAAGGAGAAACAAAGAAAACAACAAGAACAGGAAAAACAAGAAAAGAAAAACCCACAAAACCCAGUUCUUCAAAAUCAUCAAAAACACAAAAAUCUGCAAAAUCGUGAAAAUCACAGUGGAAAAGGUUGGCGUGAGGUGGGUUUGAUUGCUAAGAACCUAAGUCAAAGGAGGUCAAAAUCACUGCUCCUGUGGUUGAAGAAAGUAUUGAUGGAGGAUCAAGGGAAAAAUUUAAGAAGAAACAGGAAAAGUGCUAUUUUCGAAACGGGAAACCUAGGGUUGAAAGAGAUGAAACAGAUAAUAUGGCUAAAGUUUCAACCUUUGAUGUGGCCAAGGAAGAAAUCAGUAUAGUAGAGAGCGUCGAAAAUGGUGGAAAAGAAUUAUCUAGGGUUAAAUAUCAGCAGAAUGGGAAAUAUAAGGAGGUCAGAGAAGUGGCUACUCUUUGCGUGGUGGAGGAGGUAGGAGAAAACAAGGUAGAUAAGGAACAUGAGAAGAAAAAGGGCUAUUUUAGGACAAGGAAACCUAGGAUUGAAAGAGAUGUAACGGGAAAUGUGGCUAAAGAUUCAACUAUUAAUGUGGCCAAGGAAGCAAUAAUGAUAGUGGAUAGUGUGAAAAAUGGUGAAAGAGAAUUAUCUAAGGGUAAAUAUCAGUAUAAUGGAAAAUACAAGGAGAUCAAAGAAGUGGCUACUGUUUGCAUGGUGGAGGAGAUAGGAGAAAUCAAGGUAGAUAAUGAACAUGAGAAGAGAAAGGGCUAUUUCCGAAAAAGGGAACCUAGGGUUGAAAGAGAUGGAACAGGAGAUAUGGCUAAAGUUUCAAGAAUUUAUGUGGCCAAGGAAGAAAUCAUGACAGCGGAUAGUGAGAAAAAUGGUGGUCGAGAAUUAUCCAAGGGUAAAUAUAAGUGGAGUGGUGAGUAUAAGGAAUUUAAAGAAGUGGCUACUGUUUGUAUGGUGGAGGUGGUAUGUGAAAACAAGGUAGAUAAGAAAUACGAGAAGGAGGAAGAACUUUUAGUUGAUGUGAAAGAAAGAAGUACCGAGAACGUGGUAGUGAGAGGUGGCGCAUUUCAUGGAUAUGUUGAUAAUAGGAGAGAUGUACCCUUGAUAGAUAAGAUUGAGAAAGAUGUUAGGAAGUUGUCAUUGAGUGAUAGGAGGAGGUACGGUGGUCAUAGGAGGCCGAGUGUCGGAGUGUAUAGUGGUGACAAGUGGAGAUAUGGGAGUACCUCCAGAAGGUAUGAACCGCGAAAAAUGUUGAAAACUGUGUGGGUUAAAAAAGGGGAGUCUUCAAAUGGUAAUGUUGCUGAAACUGAAACUCAGAUAGCUAAUUAUGCCGGCCUUCCUUGGUUAAGUUCAUACUACAUGAUGUUGAUUUUUCAAGCCAAAGCACAAGUCAGAGUCAGUUUUGCUCUCAGUGAAUCAAGUCAAGUUUCUUUAUAGAAGCGGCUUCUUAUGCAUUGCUUUCACCAAAUCAACUUCAUUCUUACUGGGAAUACAAGCAACUUUACAUGUAAAUUUGCCAGCAGUUGUUUCUCCUAGUCCUCUUUCUUGUAUGUAAGUCUUAGUAUUUCCCCUCCCCCUUGACCCUCUUGUGGCUUCAUAUUAACUGUAAAUGAAAAUGAUGUCAAAUCUGGAAUCAUGAACUAUGCAUUUUACAUAAAGGUAGUACCCUUGCCAAUGUCCGCGUAUCA